AUGGAUUCUGGACCACGGCUGACCAGCGUUUUCACUUUGCUCUUCUCCGGCUUGUGGCAUUUAGGAUUAGCAGCGGCAAAUUACAACUGUGAUGACCCGUUAGCAUCCUUGCUCUCUCCAAUGGCUUUUUCCAGCUCCUCAGACCUCACUGGGACUCACAGCCCAGCUCAGCUCAACCGAAGAGUUGGAACUGGCGGUUGGUCCCCAGCGGAUUCCAAUGCUCAGCAGUGGCUCCAGAUGGACCUGGGAAACAGAGUGGAGAUUACAGCAGUGGCCACGCAGGGAAGAUACGGCAGCUCUGACUGGGUGACGAGCUACAGCCUGAUGUUCAGUGACACAGGACGCAACUGGAAACAGUACAAGCAAGAAGACAGCAUCUGGACGUUCGCAGGAAACGUGAACGCUGACAGUGUGACGCACCACAAGUUACUCCAUUCCGUGAGAGCCCGGUUCAUUCGCUUCGUCCCCCUGCAGUGGAAUCCAAGCGGAAAGAUUGGCAUGAGAGUUGAAGUCUACGGAUGCUCCUAUAAAUCCGACGUUGCUGACUUUGAUGGCCGAAGCUCCCUGCUCUACAGGUUCAAUCAGAAGCUGAUGAGUACUCUCAAAGAUGUGAUUUCCCUGAAGUUCAAGAGCAUGCAAGGAGAUGGGGUCCUCUUCCAUGGAGAAGGACAACGGGGAGACCACAUCACCCUGGAGCUCCAGAGAGGGAGGCUCGCCCUGCACCUCAACUUGGAUGACAGCAAGCCUCGUCCCAGCAGCAGCGCACCCUCGGCCACCCUGGGGAGCCUCCUGGAUGACCAGCACUGGCACUCCGUCCUCCUGGAGCGAGCUGGCAAGCUCGUGAACUUCACCGUGGACAGGCACACCCAGCACUUCCGCACCAGGGGCGAGGCGGAUGCCUUGGACAUCGACUACGAGCUUAGUUUUGGAGGAAUUCCAGUACCAGGCAAACCUGGGACCUUUUUAAAGAAAAACUUCCAUGGAUGUAUUGAAAACCUUUACUACAAUGGAGUAAACAUAAUUGACCUGGCUAAAAGGCGAAAGCAUCAGAUCUAUACUGUGGGCAAUGUCACUUUCUCCUGCUCCGAACCACAAAUUGUUCCCAUCACAUUUGUCAACUCCAGUAGCAGUUAUUUGCUGUUGCCUGGUACUCCCCAAAUUGAUGGGCUCUCAGUGAGUUUCCAGUUUCGAACCUGGAACAAAGAUGGUCUCCUUCUGUCUACAAUGCUUUCUGAGGGUUCGGGGACCCUGCUGCUGAGUCUGGAGGACGGAAUCCUGAGACUCGUGAUUCAGAAAACGACAGGACGUGCAGCUGAAAUCCUCACAGGAAGGGACUUGAAUGACGGCCUGUGGCAUUCGGUUAGCAUCAAUGCCAGAAGGAACCGCAUCACUCUCACACUGGAUAACGAUGCAGCAUCCCCGGCUCAGGACACCAGCAGGAUGCAGAUUUAUUCUGGAAAUCGCUACUACUUUGGAGGGUGCCCUGACAAUCUCACCGAUUCCCAAUGUUUAAAUCCCAUUAAGGCUUUCCAAGGCUGCAUGAGGCUCAUCUUUAUUGAUAACCAGCCCAAGGACCUCAUUUCAGUUCAGCAAGGUUCCCUGGGGAAUUUUAGUGAUUUACACAUUGAUCUGUGUAGCAUCAAAGACAGGUGCUUGCCAAACUACUGCGAGCACGGAGGAAGCUGCUCCCAGUCCUGGACGGCCUUCGGCUGUAACUGCAGCGGCACAGGCUACGUCGGGGCCACCUGCCAUGACUCCCUCUACGAGCAGUCCUGCGAGGUGUACAGGCACCGAGGCAACACCGCGGGCUUCUUCUACGUCGACUCCGACGGCAGCGGGCCCCUGGGGCCUUUCCGGGUGUUCUGCAACAUCACAGAGGACAAGAUCUGGACGUUGAUGCAGCACAACAACACAGAACUGACCCGUGUGCGAGGCGCCAACCCUGAGAAGCCCUACUCCAUGACCUUGGACUAUGGGGGCAGCCUGGAGCAGCUGGGGGCAGUGAUCGACGGCUCCGAGUACUGUGAGCAGGAGGUAGCCUACCACUGCAGGAGGUCGCGGCUGCUCAACACUCCAGAUGGGACUCCAUUGACCUGGUGGAUCGGGCGGUCCAAUGAAAGGCAGCCCUACUGGGGAGGCGCCCCUCCCGGAGUUCAGCAAUGCGACUGCGGCCUGGAUGAGAGCUGCCUGGACAUUCGACACUUUUGCAAUUGUGACGCUGACAAGGAUGAAUGGACAAAUGAUACUGGUUUUCUUUCCUUCAAAGACCACUUGCCUGUCACUCAGAUAGUUAUCACUGAUACGGACAGAACAAACUCAGAAGCAGCUUGGAGAAUUGGUCCCUUGCGUUGCUAUGGCGACCGACACUUUUGGAAUGCCGUAUCAUUUUAUACAGAAGCCUCUUACCUCCACUUUCCUACCUUCCACGCGGAAUUCAGUGCUGACAUUUCCUUCUUUUUUAAAACCACGGCUUUAUCUGGAGUUUUCCUAGAAAACCUUGGCAUUAAAGAUUUCAUCCGACUGGAAAUAAGCUCUCCUUCUGAGAUCACUUUUGCCAUUGAUGUUGGAAAUGGUCCCACAGAGCUCAUAGUCCAUUCUCCUUCUCCUCUGAAUGACAACCAAUGGCAUUACGUCCGGGCCGAGAGGAACCUCAAGGAGACCUCACUCCAAGUGGACAACCUCCCGAGGAUGACCAGGGAGGCCUCAGAAGAGGGCCAUUUCCGGUUACAGCUCAACAGCCAGCUGUUUGUAGGGGGAACAUCAUCAAGACAGAAAGGCUUCCUAGGAUGCAUACGCUCCUUACACUUGAAUGGGCAAAAGCUGGACCUGGAGGAGAGGGCGAAGGUCACGUCUGGAGUUCGGCCAGGAUGCCCGGGCCAUUGCAGCAGUUAUGGUAGCAUCUGCCACAAUGGGGGCAAGUGUGUGGAGAAGCACAGUGGAUACUUCUGCGACUGCACCAGUUCACCAUAUGAAGGACCCUUUUGCAAAAAAGAGGUUUCUGCUGUUUUUGAGGCCGGCACGUCAGUGACUUACAUGUUUCAAGAACCCUACCCGGUGACCAAGAAUGUGAGCCUCUCUUCCUCAGCGAUUUACGCGGAUGCAGCCCUAUCCAAAGAACACAUUGCACUGAGCUUUGUGACAGCCCAGGCACCCAGCCUCCUGCUGUAUAUCAAUUCUUCUUCUCAGGACUUCCUGGCUGUCCUGCUCUGCAAGAAUGGAAGCUUACAAGUUCGCUACCAGCUAAACAAGGAAGAAACCCAUGUAUUCACCAUCAAUACAGAGAACUUUGCCAACAGAAGACUGCAUCACUUGAAGAUUAACAGAGAGGGCAGAGGGCUUACCAUUCAGAUGGAUCAGCAACUCCGACUCAGUUAUAACUUCUCCCCAGAAGUCGAAUUCAGAGCUAUCAGGUCCCUCACCUUGGGCAAAGUCACAGAGACUCUUGGAUUGGAUGCUGAAGUUGCUAAAGCCAACGCCCUGGGUUUUGUUGGGUGUCUGGCCUCAGUCCAGUACAACCAUAUUACGCCACUGAAGGCAGCCCUGCGCCAUUCUACCGCUGCACCUGUAACCAUCCAAGGGGUCUUGACAGAAUCCAGCUGUGCCUCUCUGAUGGAUUCGGAUGUGAAUGCCGUAACCACGGUGCAUUCCUCAUCAGAUCUUUUUGGGAAGACAGAUGAGCGGGAACCACUCACCAACGCAGUGCGAAGUGACUCAGCCGUCAUUGGAGGAGUAAUAGCAGUGGUGAUAUUCAUCAUCUUCUCGAUCGUUGGCAUCAUGAGCCGCUUCCUUUACCAGCAAAAGCAGUCACAUCGCACCAACCAGAUGAAGGAGAAGGAAUAUCCAGAAAAUUUGGACAGUUCCUUUAGAAAUGACAUUGAUUUGCAAAACACAGUGAGCGAGUGUAAGCGGGAAUAUUUCAUCUGAAAAAC